GGGGGGGGGGGGGGGGGUUAGAAGGACCAGUGUCGGCGAGCGAAUUUGUUGGCGCCAGCGAAGCUUCUCUUCUCCGGAUCAAUCAACCAUCCGCCACCGCCUGAAGACCCGAACCCAAACGCCCACCUCUCUCUCUCUCUCUCUCCCUCUCUCUACCCCCGUUGUUUGAUCAAAUUGCCUAUCAGUCCCAUCCAUUCGGAGUAGAGGAGAAGCAUCUACAUCAUUCUAGGGAAGGAGAGAUGAAGAUCACGGCGCUAUUGGUUAUCAAGUGCGGCCCUGAGGGGUCCGAUCCGGUGAUCCUUGCCAACGCCACCGACGUCAGCCACUUCGGCUACUUCCAGCGCUCCAGCGUCCGCGAAUUCAUCGUCUUCGUCUCCCGCACCGUUGCCAAGCGCACCCCUCCCUCCCAGCGCCAGUCCGUCCAGCACGAAGAAUACAAGGUGCACGCCUACAACAGAAAUGGCCUUUGCGCUUUGGGUUUCAUGGAUGAUCAUUACCCCGUCCGAAGUGCAUUUUCCCUCCUAAACCUGGUGCUGGAUGAGUAUCAGAAGAAUUUUGGUGAUUCGUGGAGGACUGUUCAGACAGAUAGUACUCAGCCAUGGCCAUAUCUCAAUGAAGCUCUGACUAAAUUUCAGGACCCCGCCGAGGCUGAUAAGUUGUUGAAGAUUCAGAGGGAGUUGGAUGAAACAAAAAUUAUACUCCACAAGACUAUCGACAGUGUGCUUGCACGUGGUGAGAAGCUGGACAGUCUUGUUGAAAAGAGUUCAGAUCUCAGCGCAGCAUCACAGAUGUUUUACAAGCAAGCCAAGAAGACCAACCAAUGUUGUACCCUACUGUAGCCUGUUUUAAUAUGCUCCUAGAAGACUCAUGACGCGACGCGACGUGAUGAUGAUGAUGAUGAUGAUAUUGGAUGUAUACCACUUAUCGAUUUGUUUGCUCGGCUUGAAAUGCUACAAGUUUUCCAGUGGCACAAUUCCUCUCUUGUCCCAAAAGUUGGGGAAGUUGAAUAGUGACAAUAGUAAUGUUCGUGUUACACUGUCGAAUAGUAUCCUAUUCAACAGGGUUCUCAUCUCUUUAAUCUGAUGUUCUGUAUCCAUGCGGCGAUGAGUGUGUCCUGUAUGGAUAUUUGGAGCCUGCCAUUCUUGGGAUAACAAAAAAUUGAGAGUUUAAUUUAUUUCGAGAUGUAGUGA